GUCAUUCCCUCCUCUGUUCUCGUCUCCAAGAUCUCGCAUUUCUGGCUAUACUGUUGGAUAACGAGUUCCUCGGUGUUGCUUCAAGGGAUCUGAGCGGAAUACAAGGCAUUGAUUCCUAUUGAACAUAUGCGCCAUGGGAAUCCUUUAGUACCAAGGGAAGUGUGAUUUCGCAAGCGGCUUACAGCUUGCUCAUACAAGAGAACAGGGCGGAGAAAAGAUCUAAAAUCGCGCUCGGCAAUGGAGCAUAGAGGGGCCUCCAAGAUGGACGUUGAAUCAGCGCCCCCGGCCAAAGAAAUGGGGAUGCCGAUAACCGAAAUGAGUUCCGAUAGCUCAGUCAUUGAUGAGAAGGAGGAAGAGAAACUUAUUCGAAAAAUGGAUAUACACAUCCUUCCUUUUGUUGUGUUGCUUUAUCUUUUCAGUUUCUUAGACAGAGUAAAUAUUGGGAAUGCCCGCUUAUAUGGGCUUGAGGAUGACUUGGGUUUGGUUGGGGAUCAGUAUCAAGUCGCAGUAUCUAUUCUAUUCGUGACAUACUGUUUGUUUGAGGUCCCCUCAAACCUGGUCAUCAAAAAGCUUACUCCAUCGCGUUACAUUGCAUCGAUAACAGUCAUUUGGGGUAUCAUUGCAACUCUUACUGGCAUCACUCAGAACUAUGGCGGUCUUAUUGCUUGCCGUUUACUGCUUGGCAUCGUGGAGGCAGGUCUUUUUCCGGGACUCAUGACAUACCUUACUCUUUUCUAUAGCAAACGCGAAAUUGCGUUGCGGACCGGAUAUCUCUUCAGCAGUGCAGCUCUCGCUGGGGCAUGUGGAGGUCUCCUCGCAUACGCCAUUGGGUUUAUGGACGGUCUCAGUGGGCUAAAAGGUUGGAGAUGGAUCAUGAUCCUUGAAGGCAUCCCUACGUUUAUCAUUGGGGUGGCAGUUUGGUUCUUUCUUGCGGACGAUCCGGACACUGCUUAUUAUCUUAGUGCGGAGGAGAAAGCAUUGGUUGUCAAGUGCCGCAGCCGCCAUGUCGGAUACACUGCAUCUGCACAAAAGUUCCAUUGGGCAGAUGUCAAAGAAGGCGCACUGGACUGGAGGAUCUAUGCCUUCUGUAUCGGUCAGUUCGGUGUUGAUACGAUGCUCUAUGGUUACAGCACCUUCCUCCCAACUAUCAUCAAAGGACUAGGGACAUGGUCAACCCCACAGAUCCAGGCCCUUACCAUUCCCUGCUAUGCACUGGGAGCUAUAGCGUACUUGAUUGUCGCCUGGCUUAGCGACCGUACACAGCGUCGCGGUAUUUUCAUCUGCAUUUUUGCAGCAAUCUCUGUCGUUGGAUACGGGAUCCUCAUUUCAGACUCUUCUGCCGGUGUGCAUUACUUUGGCGCACUACUUGUGGCGUUGGGGCUAUAUGUAGCCGUCGGUCUGCCUUUGGCAUGGCUACCCACCACUCUCCCUCGCUACGCAAAGCGUACCUUUGCCACUGGUCUCCAGCUGACGUUUGGAAAUGUUAGCGGGGUUAUGUCACCGUUUCUAUACAAGACGACGGAGGGACCUCGUUAUGUUCGAGGCAAUGCAGUGACUCUGGCGUUGGUUGGUUUUGCAGGGAUAGUCUACGGACUUAUGUGGUUUUAUUACCAUAAGAAGAACCAGCGCAGAGACCAAGGUCUGGAGAAUGAGAGAGUUGCGGGCAUGACAGACGAAGAAAUUGACGAAAUGGGGGAUAAAAGCCCUCGGUUCCGAUACACUACCUAAGCAAGCAACAUCCUUCCUGUUUCUUUCCGGGGGAGGGGAAUGUAUGUAUAUCUCAUGUACAUACAGUUUUAUAUACCUUAGUAUCUUUUUGGAAGAGAGACUCGUAAAAAAUACCAUCCU